GGUGAGUGCACCUUGAUGGGAGCAGAAAGGCCCCGUAGGAGCCUUGGAGGCCUCGGAGGAACUACCCGCGGAGAUCCGCUCCCGGAAAGGUUCCGGGACCACGCGGCGAGGAGCACGUGAACGGCGCAGCUUGGCUAUAAAAACCCCCGCUCAGGCGCGCGUGGGGAGCAAGCGGAGCGGCAGGACGCUGCCACCUGCGCCAGGAGAGAUAGGGAUGAAGCGAUCGUCCCUCCAGGACGCCAGAGACAAUCUGGAGACUUGAUGCUUCAAACUCUCCGCGUCUGGCUUGGGGUUGUGUGUGCGUCGAACUUUGAGGCUGGAUUCCCUGCACUUGGGCAGAGACGCGCAGACGCCCGCGCGUGUGGAUUCCCGAAAAUUCUCAGGGCUUGUGUGACCUUUAGGAGAGUUGGAGGGGGCGUAGUAGAAAUCUCAGGCUAAUUGACUUCUUGUCCUCCACCACUGAGGCAGCCAGUAGCCCUCGGCUGUCCACAGAGGAGCCAGGGAGGCCCCUGCGCACCCCCGAGGCCCCCGCGCCCAAGCCCCGGCCGUCCUCUAAGCCGCAAGUUAUUUCUGCGCCCGAGAGAGGCGGGCUGGGAUAAAGUCGGGACGCCGUCUCGUACAUAAAGUUUCAUCUGCUCUCCUCGCUCGCACGAUCCCCGCCGCCUGGCGGCCCCCUCCUCCCACGGCGGGCGCGGGCGGGGAGAUGGCCGCCGGCGCUUCCCGGCGCAAACGGGCGCUGCGCGCGUAGCCGCCGCCACGCUGACCUCCCGCUCCGGCUGGCUGCUGCUCUGAGCCCUAGCAGCGGGCGAAGGCGGAGGCCCAGAGGGGCAGGAGACCGCCGCGAAAGGGGCCCGAGGGUCCGUAUGGCUGCUCCUCGCCGGUGGGUGCUGUGCGCCACGGAGCUCGCCAGCGGCGCUUCGGGCUCGGAACGGCUCUGAGCCGCGCCGCCUGCUGAGAUCUACGCGGCCGUUCCGUGGAGCCGCGGGCAGGAACCCCAGGAGCAGGAGGUGGCGGCGGCGGCAGUGGCUGUUCCUCCCAGAGGGCGAUGUGGCCGGCCGGCGCGGGCACCAAGCUGCCCUGUCCCCGAGACUCUGCGCUCCGGCGGGCGGCUUUCUCUGGGAAUCUCACGGCCCUGCCCUCUCACCUCGUGCCCGCCGGCCGCAGCGUCCGAGUCUUCAUCAGCGCCAACCCUGAAGAUACGGGAGCAGAAAGACAGGCACUAAGAGAAAAUGUGUAUCCUAAACUGAGAGAAUUCUGCAGAGAAAACUAUGGAUUGGAAUUUCAGGUCAUAGAUCUGUACUGGGGAGUGGAAGAAGAUGACUGGGACAGCCCAGAGCUCCAGAAGACCCGCAUGAAGCUGCUGGAGGAUUGCUUGAAAACUUCUGCAGGUCCAUGUUUUGUUGUGGGUAUAAAAAAACUAAUGCUUCAUAUUAACUUUUAGAUGAAUGUGAGAAUUAUUGCUGAUUUGUGAUUCAUAAGGGGCUUUUUAAA